GCCGGAAAGGGAAGCGCCGGGCCUUUCACGAUCGCUGGCGUGCGCGAUGGCCGUCCCGUGCGCCUUGGUCGCCAGCUGCGCCGCGGGCUUCCCCGGGGAGGAGCUGGCGAAACUUAUCACCGGAGGAGAAGAGCUUCCAGAGCAUAUUGCCGCAGAGGGCGGAGCCCGGUUGUACCCCUGGACGAUAGACAAUAAGUAUUACUCAGCUGCCAUCCAUCUCUGCGUGGUGGCAAAUGUGUUUCAGGUGUCGGCGGAAAUUGCUGAGUCCAUUCAGGCUUUCCUGGUUUACUUCGACAGCACCACAGUAUCGGGGCUGGAUGCUGCCUCUCAGUGGCUUCCUCUUAUAGAAGACUGGCUACCAGAAGUGAUGAUCUUGGUCUGUGACAGAGUCUCUGAAAAUGGUGUCACCCGGCAGAAGGCCCAAGAGUGGUGCAUCCAGCACAGCUUUGAGUUGGUAGAGCUCAGCCCAGAGGAGCUUCCGGAUGAGGAAGAUGAUUUUCCAGAAUCUACAGGAGUGAAACGAAUCAUCCAGGCCUUGAAUGCCAAUGUCUGGUCAAACGUGGUGAUGAAAAACGAGGCAAGCCACAGCUUUGGCCUUUUCCCAGCCUUAGCAGGGGCAGAUUGCAGGAUCGGGUCAGAAGAGAACAAAGCUCCAGAAGCCAGCUGUUUGCCAGCAGAGAGGGCCCAAGUUGUGGUGGAUUCAGAAGCUCUGGCUCCUGCGGAUGGAGCCCAGGGUGACCCCAUUGCUGACCCAGCGCUGGACACGGACAUUCAAGAGCUUGCUAGCCUCACCGCAGGAGAAGGAGAUGUUGAGAACUUUGAGCGACUCUUCUCCAAGCUGAAGGAAAUGAAAGAAAAGGCUGCCACUCUGCCUCGCGAACAAAGAAAGCUGCAUGCCGAAAAGGUUACCAAAGCCUUCUGGAUGGCCAUCGGGGGAGACCAGGAUGAGGUCGAAGGCUCGUCUUCCGACGAGGGCAACUAAGGAUGGGGGUUUGCAGACUGGAAUGGGACUCUGGUUUGGAACGUGCGACAGUGGUUGGCUGCCACCACGAGACUUAGUUCAUUCCUGUUCUUCAGCAUUGAAAAGUAGCCGCCUCCGUUGUCUCCAUGUCUGGAUUUACCAAGGGGAUUGUGGACCUUCAAGUGAACAGAGCCUGUUCUCAAUUAAAGGAGAACUGCGCCGUGUCUUUGCGGCUGCUGCUUUGAGAUAGACCAAGCAUGGUUCCAUUUGCCUUCUAACUUGUCUUCAUAUCAAAAUACAGACUGAAAUCUGGAGGGGAAUGUUUGUAGAAAGUUAUCUGUUAGUUUAGGAAUCUUGAUGUCCCUAGACCCUUAAAAGGGGAGAGAUGCUGAAAAAUGCAGCUUCUCUUGGCUCAACUUCAUUUGGAAUCGGAUCCUGAGUGUUUUAUCAAAUGCUGGCUGGACAAGAGGAGAUAGAGCUUGCAUGCUGUCUAUCCUGCCUGGAAGUUGAAUAUGAAUUAGCACAAGGAGAAACAUCUGAAUGUCUCCUGUCAGUGGGAACUGAGAGAGGCUGUGUGCAAUUCCCACCAUGCUGGAAGGAGGCUAUUGUUUCAGUCUUUGGAAACAACAAAAGGAGAGUCUUCCUUUGGGGAGGGGAGCAUCUCUCUUUGGAAACCUGCAGCCAGGAAGGUUAGAAUUCUACUAGGGGUCCCCAACCCCCGGGCCACCCAAGCAGUGGGCGAGCACACAUGCACAGCUCCACUUGGGUGACGGGUGUUCACACACAAAGCUCCUUAUUUGUGAUUGGCAGGCAUGCACGCCACUUGCACGAAGAGCUGCAUAUGCUCACGUGCACGUCUUGACACUUGCAGGGACCCAUCCCCUUACCCCCACCCCGCCAGAAAGGUUGGGAAUUGCUACCUUAUGCAGAAGCAGCAAAGCUGGACCUGUAGCAGGUGACAGGCCCUGCAGGCUGUUUCCUGCAAAAGGCAUGUAAAUCUUGGGGCUCCCUAUUAGUGUCAGCAGAACUCUGCAAUCUGCUCCUGCUCUCGGGCCUGAAGCAGCCUCCCAGGCAGAUAAAACACUUCAGAGUCUAGUUUACUGUGGCUGGAAACUUCACCAUUGCAGCCUGCUGGGAUCCCAGUGUUCUGUGCAGUUCUUCACACUUUCUGCUGGGAGAUGUGGCCCACUCACCCAGCCCCAUCCUGGUGCUCACAGGCUGCUUUGGGCUAUGGCUCCCAGCCUCUGCAGCCAUUAAUCACGGGUCGGAUGUGAGCUGCUGCUGCUGCUAAGGCCUGGAGAGGGCCCUGUGGAGAAAGCGACUGAGUGGUGGUCCAGCCACGGAUGGACCCUUUAUUGGUGUUGUGUUCGGAUGAAUAAAGUCUGCUGGAAACAGA